AUCUCUCCUGUGGCAGCCCUCCCUCAGUGCGAAAUGCCUUUAUACCAAACCAGAAGCCUAGGUAUCAACAUGGGGACACAGCACGUUAUGAAUGCAGGCACCCUUUUGGCCUCUUCGGGAAUGCAGUGGUGACCUGCUUCAGUGGGAAGUGGACAGACCCACCUGAGUGCAAGGCUCCUGCUAUUGACAAUGGAGACAUUACCACGGAUCCAUUAGCAGUCUACGCUCCUGGGUCUUCAGUGGAGUAUCAAUGCCAGGCCUACUAUGAACUUGAGGGAAACAGGAGAAUAACGUGCCGAGAUGGACAGUGGUCUGAGCCACCCAAAUGCUUAGAUGCAUGUGUAAUAUCAGAAGAAAUCAUGGAAGCACAUAACAUAGAGUUGAGAUAUUCAUAUGCGAAAAAGGUUUAUUCCAGAACAAAUGAUUUUGUUGAAUUUAGGUGUCGUCGAGGUUACUAUCGUAGACUGUCACCAGACUCUGCAUUCCGAGUACAGUGUCAUGAAGGAAAAAUGGAGUAUCCCUCUUGUGCAUAAUGAGAGCUGUGUGGCAGUUUUCACAUUAAAAUAUGCAGCCUUCAUUCAGAAUUUGUUAAUAUUAAUCUAAUUCUUUUCAAUUUAUUUUUCUAUUAGGGUGUAACUCACUUGUAUUCAUUAAUCAGAAUUCAUGUUAAAUACCAUGUGAGAGAUGUCAUUGUAAUCUGAGACCAAUGGACCACUUAUAAGCAUCUCAUUAAAAUGUG